AUGCCAACAGUUUGGUUCUCUUUGAAGAGAUCUCUACAUUGCAAAUCAGAACCAUCAGAAGUUCAUGACCCAAAAUCCACAAAGCAUUUGAGUUCUAUCUUGACACGAAAAGCAGGAAGGUCAGGGUGUUCAAGGUCAAUAGCAAAUCUCAAAGAUGUCAUACAUGGAAGCAAACGACACAUGGAAAAGCCACCAAGUUGUAGUCCAAGAUCCAUUGGAAGCAGUGAGUUUCUUAACCCAAUAACCCAUGAAGUUAUUUUAAGUAACUCAAGGUGUGAGCUCAAAAUCACUGGUUUUGGUGGGUUCCAAGAAGGGGUUGGUAGUGGUGUUAGUCAUGGUAACAACCAUAAUGGUGUUAGUGGUGGUAGUAAUGGCGGUGUUGGUUCAACUUUUGUUGGUACUUUAAGGCCAGGUACCCCAGGACCUGGAGGACACCCUACAAUGCACUAUUUCAACCCUUCAUUUAGGAGCACAACAACUCCUCCAAGAAAGUCUCCUUUUCUUUUAUCAGACAGAGAAGGGUCUGGAUUUGGAGGUUCUGGUGUAUUUGGUGCUGGUGGGCAUUCAAGCAGUAGGGUCUCUCUCGAUACAGAUUUUAAUGGUUCUUCUACAGUCACUUGCCAUAAAUGUGGAGAGCAGUUUACCAAAUGGGAAGCUGCUGAAAAUCAUCAUCUCUCCAAGCAUGCUGUCACUGAACUUGUGGAAGGUGACUCAUCAAGAAAAAUUGUUGAAAUCAUAUGUCGAACGAGCUGGUUAAAGAGUGAAAACCAUUGUGGUCGAAUUGAAAGAGUGUUGAAGGUUCACAAUAUGCAAAGAACUCUAGGUCGAUUCGAAGAAUAUAGAGAGAUGGUGAAAAUUAAGGCCAGCAAGCUCCCAAAGAAACACCCUCGGUGCAUAGCCGAUGGGAACGAGCUUUUGAGGUUUUACUGCACAACUGUUGCAUGCUCUCUAGGAGUAAAUGGUUCCUCCAGUCUAUGUGUAUCUGAGAAAUGCUGUGUUUGUCGAAUUAUUCGAAAUGGGUUUUCAGCCAAGAAGGAGCUUAAAGGUGGAGUAGGCGUGUUCACAACUUCUACCAGUGGAAGAGCUUUUGAGUCUAUUGAAAUAUUUGAAGAUGAUCCCUGCAUAAGGAAAGCUUUGAUAGUAUGCCGAGUGAUUGCUGGGAGGGUCCAUAGGCCUUUGGAGAAUAUACAAGAAAUAUCUAGUCAAACGGGGUUUGAUUCUUUGGCAGGGAAAGUUGGUCUCUAUUCAAAUAUUGAGGAGCUUUAUCUGCUCAAUCCUAGAGCUCUGCUUCCUUGCUUUGUGGUAAUCUGUAAAUCCUGA